UAGUAUAGAGAAGAAGUGGAUCCCACCACCCAUGUGCCUUCUUCCUGUCUCCACCAGCUCCUGCCGCUCAAUCAUUAGACCUCUGUUCCCUCUUUCUCUAUCACUCACUCACUCAACUCGAUCAACCUCUUGUUCACAACAUUAAUUCAUCAACAACAACUCCCACUACUACUACUAUUACCACCCCCUUACCCUCUUACCCUAAAACCAUCCUCUCACUAAAAUAACUAACCAUGUCUAACGCCGACGGAACUCCAACAACCACUAACGCCUCAAUCAUUGACCCACACCGUCAACAGUUAGCCGUCAAGAAACCGCCGUCAAAAGACCGUCACAGUAAAGUAGACGGCCGAGGACGCCGUAUUCGCAUGCCAAUCAUAUGCGCCGCACGCGUCUUUCAACUCACGCGCGAAUUAGGUCACAAAUCCGAUGGUCAAACCAUCGAAUGGCUGCUCCGUCAAGCUGAACCUUCUAUCAUCGCCGCCACCGGGACUGGAACCACUCCGGCGAGUUUCUCAUCUCUCUCCGUUUCUCUCCGUGGCUCCAACAAUUCUCUCCCCUCUCCUUCCUCCACUUCGCUAGACCACAAACCGCUUCUCUCUCCCACUCCUUUCAUUCUCGGGAAACGUUUACGCACCGAUGACGAUUCGUCUUCUCCGUCGGGGAACGUUAAGGACGACGCUCUUUCUGUUGCUUCUCUUUCUACACCGGCUGCUCUCUGGGCGUUACCUGCACGGCCUGAUUUUGGUCAAAUUUGGAGCUUCGCGGCCGCGGCUGCUGCUCCUCCGCCGGAAAUGGUGGUUCAGUCUUUGGCUCAGCAGCAGCAACAGCAUCAAGCGAAUUUCUUCGCUCAUCAUCAUCAUCAACAACAACAGCAACAAGCUAUGGGAGAGGCUUCAGCUGCUAGAGUUGGGAAUUAUCUUCCUGGACAUUUGAAUUUGCUUGCUUCAUUGUCUGGUGGACAUGGAAACUCUGGCCGGAGAGACGAUGAACAUCAUUGAAUUGCAGUGGUGGUGGUGACGGUGACGGUGGUGUUUUCUUGGUAUAUAUAGUUAUUCAGUGUUGUUAUGGAUGUUGUUUUUUGAUGUGCGUGGAAAGUAGAAGAAUUAGGGUUUAGUUUUUUUUGUUCCUUUGGUUUUGAGUGGAGAAGUCCAUCUAUCAAGGAAUUCAAUUAGGAAUUUUUCUUCCUUCUGGUUUGGAAGAUUGAUUAAUUAGUCUUCUUUUUUAUUUUAGAAGUUCAAAUUUGUUUUAGAUUCUGGGGUUUUGCAGAAGGAGAGAAAAAAUAUGAUUUUUAUUUUUGUGAUGUGAUAGUGGUGGUGAUAAACUGGAUUGAGGCUGGAAUAGGUUUUCAGAACCUUAAUCAUUGGUAGAAUUCGUUUUUGAUUGUUGAGUUGAAAGCUCUGCAAGCUUGGAUGUUGAUGGAAUGCUGAGUUAAUUGCUUCUGUUUCACUUUCUUAGUGGGUUUAGAGUUUUGACUGAUAAGUUAUUGUUGCUGUUGAAGAAGUAACUAGUGGUUGAAACUUGAAAGCUUGUUUCUGAGCUUGAGUGAGUCAAUUCAAUUGUUGUGUUUCUCAAGUUCAAAUGUCAUUCCCAAUUUGUUGGAUUGAAUUGGAUUGGAUUGGAUUGGAGUAUCCUACUUUUCCAACAUAUACUUGUAUCUUGUUCUUGGCUGCAUUGUUUGAGAUUAAGAGAAGUUGGGGUCCAUUUAAAGUGGCAAUCAAAUGCAUGUUUUGAUUUUGACACAGCUGCUGUUAGUGAAUGGUGAGUCAUGCACUAUUUCUCUCAACCUCUCCACUUUCACUCUACUUGUUGCUGUUGUUGUUUCAGAGGUGAUUGCAGUUGGUGUGUCAAAGAUAAAUGCUCUGGUUGUGCUAUUUAUGAUGAUGAUCUUUGUUUUUGAGAUUUUUAUUUAUCUUCAAUUCUUAGCCAUUUCUUAGAUUGAGAAUAAUGUUUUCUUGCAUUGCAUGUAAGUGGAUUGUUUUGGGUGCCAAUGAUGUGAAUAAAAACCCAUCUGUUUCCUUA